AAAAUGAAAUUUACUUGUGUGCAGUUGUGUUGAAUAAAAAUUAUUUGGAAUGUAUAUAAAAUAUAAUUAAGUUUCAUUCAUUAAUCGAACAUGGCUCCAACAAUUCAGACUAAUGGCAAUGCCGCCGAAAGAGAUAAACGUGCGGUUAGGCCAGCAGAGAAAAGAUCUGAAUUAAUCUGUAGAGUUAAAUAUUGUAAUACUUUGCCUGAUAUACCGUUUGAUCCCAAAUUUAUUACAUAUCCUUUUGAAUCCACCCGAUUUAUUCAGUAUAAUCCAACCUCAUUGGAACGUAAUUAUAAAUAUGAGGUAUUGACAGAACAUGAUUUGGGUGUGGAGAUUGAUCUUAUCAAUAAAGAUACAUAUGCUGGAGAUGUGAAUGCACAGUUGGAUCCUGCUGAUGAAAAACUUCUGGAAGAAGAUGUUCUUACUCCACAAGAUUCUAAAAGAUCCAGACAUCAUGCCAGAAGUGUGUCUUGGCUUAGACGUACUGAAUAUAUUUCUACAGAACAAACCAGAUUUCAACCACAAACUGUUGAUAAGGUUGAAGCUAAAGUUGGUUAUAGUAUUAAGAAAAAUUUCAAGGAAGAAACAUUAUAUAUGGAUCGUGAGAGUCAAAUCAAAGCUAUAGAGAAAACAUUUGAAGACAAUAAGAAAUCAAUUGAAAGACAUUACAGUAAAGCAAAUGUGGUACCUGUAGAAAUUUUGCCAGUAUUCCCUGACUUUAAGUUAUGGAAAUAUCCCUGUGCACAAGUUAUAUUUGAUUCUGACCCAGCUCCAACUGGCCGUUCUGUGCCAGCUCAGAUUGAAGAGAUGUCUCAAGCUAUGAUUCGGGGUGUAAUGGAUGAAAGUGGUGAACAAUUUGUAGCAUACUUCUUACCUCUAGAAGAAACCUUAGAUAAACGUAGAAGGGACUUCACAGCUGGAAUUGAUUAUGCAGAUGAUGAAGAAUAUGAGUAUAAAAUGGCUAGAGAAUAUAACUGGAAUGUUAAAAGUAAAGCUUCAAAAGGAUAUGAAGAAAAUUAUUUCCUUGUUAUCAGACAAGAUGGGGUGUAUUAUAACGAACUGGAAACGCGAGUACGUCUUAGUAAACGUCGUCAAAAAGUUGGUCAACAACCAAAUAAUACAAGGUUGAUAGUUAGACAUCGACCUCUGAAUGCUAAUGAGUUUAAGAUGCAAAGGUACAGGGAGAAGCAACUAGAACCACCAGGAGAAGAAGAUGAAGAUGAAGAAGAGGAAGAGGAAGAAGAAGAAGAACCUCAACAAGAGGUUGAGAAAGCAGAAGAAAGAGAAGGAUCCGAAAAUGAACGUGAAUCUAGAGCUUCUUCCCGAGCCUCUUCUCGAGCAUCCAGUAGAAAGUCACGUUCCCGUUCAAAAUCUGGUUCAAGAUCAAAAUCCCGUUCUCAGUCACCAUCAAAAUCUCGUUCUCAAUCGCCAUCGAAAUCGAGAUCUGCUUCUCGCUCGCGCUCUGAAUCGCAAUCCCCUUCUAGAUCACAUAGUAAAUCAAGAUCAAGAUCCGGUACACCGCAAUCUAGAAAUUCUUCUAAAUCAAGAUCCCGCUCAAAAUCAGCUUCAAGAUCUCGUUCUGGAUCACCAGCUAAAUCUCGAUCUGGAUCUCCAGCUGAGUCUAGAUCUGGAUCUCCAGCUAAAUCUAGAUCUGGCUCUCCAGCUAAAUCUCGAUCAAGGUCUCCAGCUAAAUCCAGAUCAGGAUCUCCAGUUAAAUCCCGAUCAGGGUCUCCAGCUAAGUCUAGAUCAGCAUCUCCAGUCAAAUCCCGAUCUGGAUCUCCAGCUAAAUCCCGUUCGGCAUCUCCAGCGAAAUCUCGAUCUGUAUCACCGUCAAGUUCAAAAUCUAGGUCAAAAUCGAGAUCUGUUUCAAGAUCAAGAUCAAGAUCACCUAGUGGUAGCGGAAGUGGUUCUGGUAGUGGUAGUGGAUCAGGCAGUGGAAGUGGAUCAGGCAGUGGUAGUGGAUCAGGCAGUGGUAGUGGUGAAGGUGCCUCCGAAAGUGAAUAAAUAACAAUCAUUAUGACGAAAGAACAAUUGCGGUAACACUGAAAAAUAAUUUUAAUUUUAAGGUUGUAUUUGUAAGUAACCUACAUUUUGUAAAACUGUUUAUGGUUUAUCAGUUUAUCAUUAUUACGAAAACAUUCGAUCGUUAUAUGUAUAUAGUACCUGUAAUAUAAGGUACGGUUACAGUGGAAUCGAAAUAUUAAUUUUAAUAAAAAAAGACAUUGUAUCGAUAAUGAAGAUUACGUUUGUUUACAA